AUGACAGUGAUCCGGGCGUUCACGGACUUGGCGUACAUGGUGCUCUUCAACUACAUCAUCCCCGUCUCCAUGUACGUCACGGUGGAGAUGCAGAAGUUCCUGGGCUCCUACUUCAUCAUGUGGGACGACGACAUGUACGACAAGGAGCUGGGCGAGAGCGCCGUCGUCAACACUCCGACCUCAACGAGGAGCUGGGCCCAGGUGGAGUACGUGUUCACGGACAAGACGGGCACGCUGACGGAGAACAACAUGGAGUUCAUCGAGUGCUGCGUGGAUGGACACGUCUACGUACAGGCCAUCUGCAACGGACAGGUGAUGCCAGGGUCAGACACUAUGGACCAUGAUCGACUCCUCCCAGGACCGCGGGCCAGGGAGAGUGAGGAGCUGUUCUUCCGGGCUCUGUGUCUGUGCCACACGGUGCAGGUGAAGGAGGAGGAGACGGUGGACGGUGUGAAGCACGGCCUCCACUCCGGGCGCCCCUCCUCCUUCUACAUCUCCUCCUCCCCCGACGAGGUGGCGCUGGUGGAGGGCAUGAAGAGGCUGGGCUACACCUACCUCCGGCUGAAGGACAGCCACAUGGAGAUCCUGAACAGGGAGGACCAGGUGGAGAGGUUUGAACUUUUGGAGGUGUUGACCUUCGACUCCGUCAGGCGGAGGAUGAGUGUGAUCGUCAGAGCCAGCACCGGUGAGGUGUAUCUGUUCUGCAAGGGGGCCGAUUCCUCCAUCUUCCCCCGGGUGGUGUCAGGCAAGGUGGAGGAGGUCAAGGACCGGGUGGAGCACAACGCAGUCGAGGGGCUGCGGACGCUCUGCGUGGCCUACCGGGCCCUGACCCCGGAGCAGUACGAGGAGACGUACCGGCUCCUGAACGAGGCGCGGCUGGCCCUCCACGACCGAGACCGCCGGCUGGCCGAGGCCUACGACCAGAUAGAGACCCAGCUGGUGCUGCUGGGGGCCACGGCGGUGGAGGACAGGCUCCAGGAGGAGGCGGCCGACACGGUGGAGUCGCUCCACCAGGCGGGCAUGAAGGUGUGGGUGCUGACGGGCGACAAGAUGGAGACGGCGGCGGCCACGUGCUACGCCAGCAAGCUGUUCCGCCGCGGCACGCGCGUGCUGGAGCUCACCACCAAGCGCACCGAGGAGCAGAGCCUGCACGACGCCCUGUUCGACCUCAGCCGCACCGUCCUGCGGCCCCACCGGGAACCCAGCGGCCUGGACCCCGACCACGUCUCUGGCUUCUCGGGGGAGUGCAGUGACUUCGGGCUGAUCAUCGACGGGGCCACCCUGUCGGCCGUGCUGCAGACCGGCCCGGAGGCCUCCGGCGCCGGGGACUACAAGGAGAUCUUCCUGGAGAUCUGCCGCAACUGCAGCGCCGUGCUCUGCUGCCGCAUGGCCCCGCUGCAGAAGGCCCAGAUCGUGAAGCUGAUCAAGGCGUCCAAGGAGCACCCCAUCACGCUGGCCAUCGGGGACGGGGCCAACGACGUCAGCAUGAUCCUGGAGGCCCACGUGGGCAUCGGCAUCAUGGGUAAGGAGGGUCGGCAGGCGGCCAGGAACAGCGACUACGCCAUCCCCAAGUUCAAGCACCUGAAGAAGAUGCUGCUGGUGCACGGCCACUAUUACUACAUCCGCAUCUCCGAGCUGGUGCAGUACUUCUUCUACAAGAACGUGUGUUUCAUCUUCCCCCAGUUCCUCUAUCAGUUCUUCUGUGGCUUCUCGCAACAGCCUCUGUACGACACGGCCUACCUGACGCUGUACAACAUCAGCUUCACCUCGCUGCCCAUCCUGCUCUACAGUCUGAUGGAGCAGCACAUCAACAUAGACAUCCUGAGGAAGGACCCCACCCUCUACAGGGAUAUCUCAAAGAACUGCCUGCUGCGCUGGCCCAUCUUCAUCUACUGGACCAUCCUGGGCGUGUACGACGCCAUGGUCAUGUUCUUCGGCGCUUACUUCCUGUUUGACAACACCACCUUCACAAGCAAUGGACAGCUAAUGACAUCCAACACACAGAUGAUGUUUGGAAACUGGACCUUCGGGACCCUGGUCUUCACUGUGUUGGUCUUCACUGUUACGUUUAAGUUGGUCCUGGAUACACACUACUGGACCUGGAUCAACCACUUUGUGAUCUGGGGCUCGCUCAUCUUCUUUGUGGUCUUCUCCCUGCUCUGGGGGGGCAUCAUCUGGCCCUUCCUGAACUACCAGAGGAUGUACUACGUGUUCAUGCAGAUGCUGUCCAGCGGGCCGGCCUGGCUCAGCAUCAUCCUGCUGAUCACGGCCGGUCUGCUGCCCGACGUGGUGAAGAAGGUGAUCUGCAGGGCCCUGUGGCCCACCACCACCGAGCGCAUCCAGAACGCCGACAGGCUGUACCGGGGGCAGCUCUCGGAGUUCUCCCCCCUGGCCUCCCUCCGCGGGGGGCAGCAGGACCCCGCCCCGCCGGCCCCGCCCCGCCCCCGCAGGUCUGCUCUCGACUCUCCCUUCACCUCAGAGAAGAAGCUCAUGUUCACACGCUGGCGCCCCGGGCCCGACUACCCCGCCUUCCCCCCGCUGCUACGAUUCGCCGGCCUCUCCCGGGGAGGGGGCGGGGCUACGGGCCGAGGGGGCGGGGCCUAUGGUAGCACAGGGCCCGAGACACCAGUCUAGUUUUUUUUUUUGGUUUGCAUGGCCUUGGACCUUAACUUAUUUUUUUUACGGUAUAUGUCGAAAAGUUAUACGCACCUACAUGAAGAGGGGUUCUGGGUGUAGGGGUGAGGUACGUUGACGCAGUUGUCGCCGCUUUUCCCUGGUGCAGAAAUCUCAGGGUGCACGCACACGCACACACACACACACACACACACACACACACACACACACACACACACACACACACAUUUGAAGGCAAAGCGUUCCUAUUUCAGACGGCUUCUUCCAAGGCCAUUUGGUGAUGUCACAGCGAACAAAAAGCUAGAAACCAAAUCCCCACUGAGGAACCACCGUCUCCAUCGACGAUCAGAGACCCUUCCCGUCACCCUGAACGGUCCGUCAGUAGGGGCCUACUGAUCGUGCUUUGGUUAACCCGCGUGCAUUAGGUCACAGCGAAGACGAUGAUGCAACGAAAUAAGAUGCCGUAUGAUGACACGUAGUGGUGAUGAGAAAUGUGUCGGGGUUAUGAUUAAGGUCCAUGCCUGCAUGUGUUCAUUUGUUUUCUGACCUUUUACGUUUUCUUUUAAUACCUCUUUUCUUUUUCCCCCAACACUCCUACAACCUACACCUUCCUAUCUGUCUACUCCUUCCUUCCCUCUUCUCUCUCCCGCUCUGUUUCCAUGUCUCUCUCUCUGUAUAGGACUAACUGGUGUUGCCUGUGUGCAAACCUUCUGUCCAGAAAUACUCCGUAGGGAAAGUGGGAACCGGCGAGACAGCGUCACUGUAAGGAGGGAGCGGAGUAGGAGUGGAGUAGUGGCCGGUCUGGUGUCUGAGUGGGAAGGGACGGCUGUUUGUUUUGCCCUUGUUAAGGUCCUCGCUGUCAAGUGGUCGUCGGGAAGCUCAGAGCUUCCGACUGAAUUCGGCGAUAAACCCUUGCUCGUGACCUGCAGUCAUUUCAAAAGAUCGGGUUUGAUGGCUGACGUGGAUCACAGCCUCUUGGCCUACGUGUAAUCAUUAACCAUGCCUCAUUUAACGUGCAUUACAGAUGCGUAUUUGCCGGCAUCGCAGCUGUAAGAUAGCACACUGAGGAGUGCAUACGUAACCUGAAUAUAUUGCUACAAGAAUUAUUGUCAAAAUAAAAGAUUUAGUAAGAUUGUAUUGUAUAGUAACUAGCAAUAAGCCAUAUUACUUUUUUUUUUACUUAAUAUCUUCAGGAAUACCCCUUUAAUGUAAUCAGUGUCUUUUGGACACAUGGGCAUGCAUAUAUUAUAUUCUUAUAUAGUAUAUAGUAAAUACAUAGAGUAUAUUAUGAUAUUAUUACUGUCAAUUAGCGAGUCCUUCAUUCUCUGUCCUCUGAAUGGAAAACAAAAGUUCUCCCAACACUCAGACUGCAGACUGUAUCCUGGGGUUGUUCCUGUAAAUAGUUUGGAGUCUGGUAGGAUAGAGUAGUGAUGUACUACCUAGAUUGAGAUGUGUAUUUGUGUAGUGCGCAUUUGUUUGCGUCAGUUGUGUGACGUUUAGGCAGCGUGUGUCCGUGUGGGGAAUCGCUUGAUGUCUUUAUGAACUUUUGCACUUUACAAAAUACUUCAUACUUUUGUUUCGGACAACUUUGUUUUCAGCGUACAUGUUGAAGCUUCCGAAUUUUCUUAACCGCUACUGAGUGUUUGUGAGGACAAACGACGAGAAUGCACAAAACACAAGCGGUUCAGCCACGCAAGGACUCCCUUCGCCUUUCCCUUUGCCUUAACACCAGCUAGCUAGCGUGCAGCCCUCUACGUCACAACACCUGAUCACAGCAGGUGGUCCCGCGAUGUUAACGAGAUUUUGAGAACGGCAUUAUCAUGUAAAGGAUGAAUGCUCUUUUUAUGAUCAGGGAUGCAAUUUUACUAUUUCUUUGAUUUUCUUUGACUGUUCAAUUAUAUUUAAAAAAAAAAAACGAUUUAUGUUUGGCUUGGCCGCAUUUUGUAAACAUUAUCCCCCUCACACAUCCGUCAAUCACUUUCAAUGCCAGACCUUGCUAAGUUCGGUCCAUUUGUGAUCUCACAAAUUGUCCCAUUAGUAAAUAAUUUGCUGUUGUUCUUUAGCUGGGGCUGUAAGUCUGAAUCACAGGGGUCAGCAUCACAGUGACCAACAGUUCCACACACAGAACGAUCUACCAGGGUCCACGUCGUGACACUGACGUGAGGAGGCGUUGACAAUAAAACGAGGGGAACACUAUUGCUUUGGGAGUGGGUGGUUUGGGAGCAGGAGCACAAAAAGCCUAGCAGCACAAAGCACAAUGUUUUUUAGGAGGCCUUUGUUUUUUGACACAGGGUCUUGUGUUGCGUUGAGGAGUUAGUUGUACGUGUGUGGUGUCAUACAAACGAACAAACACAUAUUGAGUGGCGGUCCAAUAUAGCGGCCUUAAAGGUGCAGUCCCCAUUCAUCAAAAUGGCUGAGCUCGUUUUGCUCCCGUUUCAUUAUCUCCUGUUGCUUUGUUCUUCCUAACACUGCUGCCUCUUCCUUCAUCGCUCUCCCUCCUCUCUGAGAGCCUUCUCUUUGUUUCUGAAUGUUGUCUCUACUUUUUCUCUUCCCUUUCUUUCUUUUGUUUUUUUUUCGAAAGAAAGAACCGAAGAAAAAAAAACCCUUCGCAUUGCUCCACAUUGUCUACCUCACCACCCUGUUCUUUGGCGCAGCCUGCAUCUCCACCUGACUUGAUCGUCAUGUCUUCGGCCACGCCCUCCCCUCCUCAGCCCGCCCAUCCAUCCAUCCAUCCAUCCAUCCAUCCAUCCACCAGUCCACCAACCCGUCUCUGGUGCUCUCUGUCUCACAGGAGAGCAGCUGAGAUCCAGAGAGCAGACUGCCUGGUCGUCGUUGAUAGAGCGGAGAUGUAACUGGAAAAAGUUGUUAUCAUGUUAAACUUAGAUAUGGUAUUAUUUCAACGUCGUCGUCCCCCCGUCCCCCCCCCCGAAGCCUUGUUGCCGUAGCGAUUAUCUCAGGUUGCUUAUCGUAACGUUAAGGUGCCUUGUGGGUCCUGAAGCGUUACAAACCUUACGAUAGCUAUUACGAAGAGAUGUCACCUGAUGUUUCGUAAUUUCUUUCUUAGGCAGUUCACACACACACACACACACACACACACACACACACACACACACACACACACACACACACACACACACACACACACACACACACACACACACACACAC